AAUGGGGGAAGGGUAAAUCCCGCGAGACUUGAGAGUGCAGCUUCUGCAGCUCAGUCUUGGCUGCUGGCUUUGGUCUUAUGUAGAAGCUAGUGGGUUGUCCUCCUAGAGAGAAGAGAGACAGCUGGGCUGCCCGAUCUGGCACUGAAGCUGCAGAGAUCAGGUUAUCUACAGCUGCCUAGUUCCUAAUACCAAGGGACAGUUAGUUGGACCACAGACUUGGAGGGAGAACCAAUCAUAGUGUGUACAAAAUGCUGAAACCAGGUGGCUUACAGUUUUUGAGGUACUUCAUUUACCUCCUGGUUCUGUUUGCAGACAAGGCUUCAGCUCAGAGUGAAAGCGAACUCCACGUUUACACCAGGUCUGGAAGAGUGAAAGGCAUGAAGAUGCAGGUUGAGUCUGGCUAUGUCUCUGCUUUCCUAGGGAUCCCAUAUGCUGAACCACCUAUAGGCAAAAUGAGGUUUAGAAUAGCAGAACCUAAAAAGCCAUGGGAACAUGAGUGGGAUGCCACAGCAUACCCCAGGUCCUGUUACCAGCCAGUCGAUGAGCUUUUCCCUGGAUUCCCUGGGUCUGAGAUGUGGAAUCCAAACACAAACAUGAGUGAGGACUGUCUGUACCUCAAUGUGUGGGUGCCAUUCCCUAGACCAAGGAAUGCUACUGUCAUGGUUUGGAUCUAUGGUGGUGGUUUUUACAGUGGCUCAUCCUCUUUAGAUGUUUACGAUGGACGAUACCUCACAUUUACAGAGAGAGUGGUGUUGGUGUCGAUGAAUUACAGAAUUGGAUCAUUUGGCUUUCUUGCUCUUCUUGGCAACAAAGAAGCACCUGGGAAUAUGGGACUCCUGGACCAACAUCUUGCUUUACAGUGGGUGCAAAACAACAUCCACUUUUUUGGAGGCAACCCUAAGUCUGUUACCAUCUUCGGCGAGAGUGCUGGGGCUGCUUCUGUGAGCAGUCAUCUUCUUUCUAGCAAAAGCAGGCCUCUGUUUAAUAGAGCAAUCCUCCAAAGUGGGGCACUCACUGGUCCAUGGGCCACAGUGAUUCCCUCAGAGGCACGCCAGAGAGCCACACGUCUAGCGGAGCUGCUUGAGUGCCCCAUCAAUAAUGACACAGAGAUGAUAGACUGCCUUAGAACCAAGGAACCUCAAGCAGUUGUUGACAAAGAGUUUUAUGCCCUCCCUUACCAAACUAUCUUCAGAUUCCCCUUUGUUCCAGUGAUAGAUGGCGAUUUCCUUCAAGAUACACCUGAAACCAUGUUAAAUGCUGGAAACUUCAAAAAGACUGAUAUCUUAGUGGGUGUUAACCAAGAUGAAGGGAACUACUUCCUUGUUUAUGGUGUUCCAGGUUUCAGUAAAGACAACGAAAGUCUCAUCACAAGGGAUACUUUUAUAGAGGGUGUCAAAAUGACUGUACCACAAGCCAAUGACAUUGGUAUGGAAGCUGUAGUUCUUCAUUACACAGACUGGAUGGAUGAAAACAACCCAGUAAAAAACCGUGAUGCCAUGGAUGACAUUGUCGGAGACCAAAACGUUAUUUGCCCUGUGGUGCAAUUCUUUUACAAUUUUGCAAAUCAUGGUAGCAAAGUGUACACGUACUUCUUUGAGCACAGAGCCUCAAAUCUAGCUUGGCCUGAAUGGAUGGGAGUUCUCCAUGGCUAUGAGAUUGAAUUUGUUUUCGGACUGCCCCUUAAUAAAACUUUGAAGUACAAUAGAGAAGAAGAGCUGUUGAGUAGGAAGAUGAUGACGUUUUGGGCAACUUUUGCUAGAACUGGAAACCCAAAUAACCAAAUGGAGCAAACAAGAUGGCCUGAGUUCACAAAUGACACACAGCUGUACCUCAGACUGAACACCAGCCCCACAACUGUUAUCUCCAGUGGACUACGUGUACAAGAGUGUGCUUUCUGGAACCGUUUCCUCCCCAAACUCCUUAAUGCUACAGAUCACAUUGGUGAAGCAGAAAUGCAGUGGAAGACAGAGUUUCAUCGCUGGAGUGCAUACAUGGUACACUGGAAGAACCAGUUUGAUCACUACAGCAAGCAAGAACGGUGUGCCAACCUGUGAUUAGGUAGCAGCCACACCUAAAGAAUGUCUGAGCCGACUUGUGGUAAUGGCCUAUGUGAGCAGAUACCCUAUCCUUAGGAUAACCUCUGAAUAGACAUUAAUACUGUUUUCAAAAAACACAGGAUUCAGUCACUGGGAAAAAUAUGUAAUAUCUAACCUGUCACUUGGCACUUGGAAAAGGAAGACCCAUAACAUGCCAUUCAAAUUGACUGAUUUGAAGUGAAUUUUUGUUAUAGGAUAAAUUAACUGUUGCAAAAACUGUAAAUGAGUCUGGAUUCAUGCAAAUGAAUAUUACCCUACAGUCAUAGUUUGGUAUGGUGGCAUCUUUUGCAGAUGCUAAACAGUGAGUGGCAGUUUGCCCUCAACAGUGCCAAACAGCCAGCCAGUGCUGUAGAAAAGGAAUGGGUACCUACUCACCACGGCAGUUACCAGUCUGAAAAACAAGCAUGAUGUCCACUCCUAUUGUCACUUCUUUCACUCCAGAUUUAUAUCGCUUAAAUAACAGAUUAACUCAAACUGUACAGCGAUGGAAUAGAUGUUAAUUUGUCUACAAAACAGAGAGCUGUGCUUACGCCCCUGUCAAGAAAAGAAACAUAUGGGAAUAUUUUUCUUGUCAACCAUGAAAGAAAAUACAUGUUUACUUAUUUAUUGAAAUCAGCAACACAAAAAUGAUACUUUGUCUGCGUGUAAGUGUGUAUUUCUUGUCUUCUGGGAUAGGGUCACUAAAAAUUCUACACAGACUCACCUUACUUCAGGGUAGUAGGUUAUCUGUUUUUUGUUUGUUUGUUUGUGUCUUAGUAAAGAUUAUAUUCUUUUUUAUGAAUAUAGUAUGAAUCAUUUCAGUUGCAGUUCAAAACCUUUAAGUAUUGGGAAUGUUCUUGAUGUUUAGAAUUCUUCAAAGAAGAGGAAAUGGAGGCGGAUGGGGUUGGCAUGUAUUUUUUUAUCAGUUUCAUUAAUUAUUGAUUAUUCAUUUGUUUCCAGAUUAGUGUUAUUUUAAUUACAUUAUAUCUUACCUCAGAUUUCUGGACUGGCCUAUUUCUAACUUUCUUUCAAUACUGAACCCCCCCCCCCCCAUGGCCCCCUUGUUCUAUGUACAAGUAGUCUGCUGACAUAAAAUUCUUCAUGUUUGCAAGAUGUUGGGCCUCAUAGUCAUGGCUGCACCCAGUGUUGCACCUUGACUGAUGAGCAUAUGACUAUGGCAUGAAUUAGAGGGUCUGCAGCCUUCACUCCCCUCCAAUACCAACAGACAAAUUUGCCUAGAAUCCCACCUGAAUUUAAAAGGAACAGACAGCACCAAGAACAGUAACCACAUCAAAAAGUUAUACUUUUCUGUCUACCGAAAACCCAUCAUUUCUAUCAGUUUGAUUAUUCUGACUUGUAUGCUGACAUUUUGCUUAACAAGGAAAUGCAGCACUUCCUCUGUAACUAAAAAAAUAAAUAAAUAAGUCUUGCUGCAGAAAUGGAGUAAUUUACUGAAUCAAAAGAGAUCAUUCUGUCCUUCAAGGAAUAUGCAAACUGACAAGCAUUUUAAGUCAUUGAACAACUUGUCAGACUUAAGAAGGGGAUUCUGAUAUUUAUUUAACAUUUGUUUACUGGCAAAGUCUGCCUAGGGCAGGGCCCAUUUUCAGCAGAGGCAUGGGAAAAAACACUCUAGACACACGUGGGAGGAAACCAGAGUACUAGGAAGAAAUCACACAAAUACAGGAGGACAUGCGGUCUUCACACAGAAGGCACCCAAUUUGAGAAUCAAACCAGAGAACCUUGUACUGGGAGGUGACAGCUCUAAUCACUCCACCACUGUGCCACUUGUAUGUCAGCUUUAAAGUUAUUUACAUCAGCUUCUUGUGACCUGCUGUUUGGUAAUAAACCACAAUCAAAUACUAUUUUGCAUUGUAGGUACAGCCUGGAAUAGCUGUACCCAACCCACAAACACACACUGACACAACACAGAACUUGGCUGAAAGUUGUUGCAUCUGAUUGCUAAUAAAACUGUUACCAUAGCAGAAAAGUGUCUAUGUUCCUUUGAGCCCAAGUAAGAACUUCCAUAACUGACAUAAGUAACUCAUGACCUUCAUUAACAAUGCAGUGCACUUCUAGCAUGCUGUCAGAUCACAAAAAUGCUAAGAAUGUCCAUAACCUACAUGUACAUACAUACAUACACACAUAUAUAUUAUAUUGUAUUACAUUACAUUUCUAUAGACUAAAAGAAGUACUCUGUUUUAUGUGAAAUGGAAGACUGCCCUAUAGUGGUAUUCUACAUCAAACAUACGUAAUUCCUCCGGCAUGUUCUGUUAAUUUUGCAAAAAAAAGAUUUAGGUUUCUUUGAAGUUCUAUACACAAGGCAGACAUCAUCUCUCAGUAGCCCGUGUGAUACCAAGUGAAACCUUCAGCACUUUAACUACAAUUUUAUUUUUAAAUGUAUAACUCUGCCUUUGAUUUGAUGCCUCCAAAACUAUAAACCAGGCUUCAGGGGUACUGUCAUUUAAAGAAGUAAGACUAUGGUCAGGCAAAGUAAACAACUACGCAAUGUUUUCAGGUUAUAAAAAUAUCAAAUUAUAGUAGGUUACUGCAGCACUGGUGUCAAUCCACUAUCGUACUACAUGAUUUCUGCUCCCUUGAAAAAAUAAAAAAAGGCAAAACACUGGAACACUGAUGUGAUGUAGCGCCUUGUUUGGACCCCAUAGGCUUUAUAAUAACUUGGUCUUGCAGACUAGCACAAUUCCUUCAUUAGUAGUUAUUGCUUAAAAAUGUAAAGUGUUAAAUAGUGCUGGAAUUACACCUCGCUGUCUCUGAGCAGUAACAUACCAAAAAGUGUUGUCUUUAAGCCACCUUCCCAUGCACAUCUGUGGCAAUACUGUGUGGAUUACUGGUACUCAGAUCAGAUCAGCUGGGAAGUAUCAGUAUUCAGAUUAGAUCAGCAGGGAAAUACUGGUACUCAGAUCAGAUAAGCAGGGAAGGAGACCUAGUACUUAGCAAUAUGAUUUUUUUUUCUUCAUUUUGACAUUGUUGUGUUACUGAGUCAUCAGAACAUAAAAAGAGGGAAAUGAGUCCAGUUUGUCUCCAGACUACACAUUCAUAAGGAGACCGGCUGCCAGCUCCUUUUACUACAUGAUCCUUCUCAAAAACAGCAGAGCCAGGGGUAUUAGUGAGGUGUAUGCUGCUGCGUUUAAGGUCAUAAAAAGGAGAAUACAACUUCCUGCAAUAAGAGCUAGAAAGAAAUAUCCCAGAUUUAUAAAUCUUGCAGUAUAAGUGGAGGGAAGCAGUCCUUGGGUGUUGGUGUCUGUCAUGCAUAACUGUGUUCCUACCUGUGUUAUUAUCACUCAUUCAUCCUAACAGUAAUAGAAAGGCUAGUAAAAGUUACCUUUUUGUCCCAACUAACACUCCAGAGCUUUUCCAUUCCCCAAAACUACCAACACUUUAGAGGAUCUUACUAAAAAACACCCCUUUAUAGCUAAAAAGUAGUUGCCUAAAAUGCAAUAGAGUAUCAGGGGUUCCCUGUUGAGGUGUGUUCAUUUAUUACUUAUUACUGCCACCUUGUGGCAUCAUAAUGGAAUGAUAAAGUGAAGUAACUGAUACUGAUGGUCAUGUGUUGACAGCUGUAUUUUUGCUUUUAUUUUAUUUAUUUCAUUAUUUUGGAGAUGGCUAUUAUGCCAGGCCACGAGACGGUGCAAUGGCAGUUUUCAUACAGGACUUCUGAAGGUUUCAAAACAUUUAUCAAGUUAAAGAAACACCACAAAUACACAGAAUACAAUAUUAUAAUUAUGUACAGUUUCAGCUAGAAGAACAUCCUUAGCACCACUGCAGUGGAAGAAGGCUGGAAGAAGGAGUCUGAAAACAACGCUUAAAUAUACGAUUAGCAACACACAUUUGACUUUUUGCCCAUAAAAAGAACAGCAUUUUGCCCUUUAGUUCUCCUGACCUUCUUUCACUAAUGUACUAAAUAUUAAGCUUGCAGACUUUCAAACCAUAACCUCACUCCAAAGUGAUCUAGCAUUACCAGUGUCUUGCAGUACCGAGACAAUCAGUGUUUGGAAUGAAAAGUGCCUACCAACAUUCGGUGUACCUAAUUACAUUAUUGCUCAGCAGUUAUAGAGCUGAAGUCUUCAAAAAAGAUGAGAGUUUUGUAAAUGUAAUGAAAUGCAGAUCGUUUCAUCAUUGUGUAAAACUACAUAAUACAAGGGUUAUUAUUUUGCUGAUUAAAACUAUGCAUUUCCCUAUCCUCCUUUUUGUGGUGAUGGAAGCACAAAGUAAGUAUGUUGACCUUGUCCCCUUAAUCCCUUGAUCUGUUUGGUAACAAGAAACUUUCUUAUAUAUUCCAUUUGAUUCAGGAAAAAGGCACAAUUCUAAUACUAUUAAGUAACAUUACAAGCUAUGGAACCUAGGGAAAUCUACUUUUCUGUCUGGAAUGUCUAGCACCAUUCCAGAAUUUAAAGAUGAUUGCUUAUAUGAAAUGUAUCUUUGUUAGUAGAAUGCAUUUUGCUAAUUUACAGGGCAAUCCUUGCUAAUGCAGACCCAUUGAUUUUUCUGCUAAUAAAUGACAAUGGAUGUCCGAAUAUGCAUUUAAUUAAAUGAACAAUUUGCUAUUAAACCUUCCAGUUUCCCCGUCUCACAGUAUUCUAUUAAGCCUACCAGCCUCCCCCACUUGUCAUUUUUUUCCCUAUCUAAAUUUACAAGAGUAAGCACUUAGUGCCUGCAACAAAGCACAGGCCAGCUAUUAAUUAUGCAGAGUAGAGCUGCCUUUGAAGGAUUACUGUGCUGGCUGCCUUACACAUGUAAUCUGUUAAAAGCACUUAAGAAGAUAAGAUAACUCUUCACAGGAGUCAUAACCUCAGAAAUGCCUGUAUAGCAGCUUUUCCAGUGCAUCUAAUACUGUAGCUAUUUGUCAAUCCCCCCAGCUUCUGCUGUUACACAACACAACCCCAUUUUUUUAACCAAACACUAGAAACAAAUCAGUGUUUUUAGUCAGGUACUUAAAAUUCAUGAUCAUAAAACAAGAGGAUAUACCUCAAGAUUUUGGCAUAAUGUGUCACUUCUGAUCAGAAACUGCAGGAAUAGAAUGUCCAAGGAAAACACCUAAGUUGUGAUCGAUUACUGGGUUCUAGACAUGGUGAUAUUAAUUAAAAAAAUAAGAUUGCCAAUUUUAGAUGAGAUGCAUAAAACAUAAUUUCUCUAUUCUCUUACUGGAAAUCAGUUAUAAUGCAAUAGCUGUGAGGUGCUUCUUAGAAAUAAUACUGUGCAAGAUCGGAUGCUGUCUUAUGCCAAUUGUUUGCGGAGAUAUGCUGUAACUCCCUGUGACUCUGAUUUGGAUAAAAUGGAUAUUGAAAAUGCCUGGAUGUGUAUUGGUUAGUUCACUUCUGAUGUGGUGAAAACACUUCUUUUUUUCAAGCAUCAUGCAGUAAACUAAUUAUAUUAUAGUUGUGUACAGUUAGUACAAAUCAAGUACAUCAAACAGGUAGGUGGUCAGGAAGUGAAAAAUUCCUGAAGUGCAGCCUUUGAGAGUAUAAGCACUUUGUGAGUUUUGAGAGAGAAGGUAGAAUAACUUUAUAAUGUUUCAUUUUACACUACCCUGUCCUCAGUCUGUGCUCAAUUGAAGAGCCCCUGUAUCAGCAUGCAUUCACACAACACAUAAUUUGGCUGAUUUACACGAGUUCUGCCAGCUGCCAAAUAUUUAUCUACUUCAUGGCAGAGACAGCACCCUAGACCAUGUACUUUACUUAUUCUGUGUACUCCUAUCAACACUGGGAGGCCUUACUUCAUAGAACAAAACCCCUUUAACACCCAUUCCACCUCCAUUCACUUUAAAUGGCAAGUAGAACCAUUAAGCAGCACCAUUAUCUUUUCCAUUCUCCAAAUUGUCUGCAGAGCCCAUUGUCAGAUGACGUAUUUAAUAAUCACUAGGUACUUAGUCUACUAUAGAGGCAGGCAGAUAUGCCUGCCUAUCUGCUUACCUGUCUAUUAUCAAGGCAGACAUUCCCUUAUUGGCUUAGUAGUUUCACCAUCCUCUCAGAGAAAGCUGUUCGAAUCAUGUGACCUGCACAAUGCUUGUAGAUCCUACUUUGUCUUUUAUGCCCUACCAACCUAUACAGAUAAUCAGCAGCUCUUUAUUUCUAAGAGGAUUCCAUAGUUUUCCCUAAUAUGGAGAACAGCCAAACAGGUUUCCUUCCUUUGAGUUGCUCUCACUGUUGGGAAGAAGACCAUGAUAUUCAGACAUUCUUUGUUAGGAAUGAUAGUUUUGCUUAAUAUCACCACUUAUUUAAUCUCCCUGUUACGUUUUUUUAGUCUGUUCUUUGUUACAAUAAUUCUAAUAAGGUGCAAACAUUUAACUCAAAAGGACACUUUUAUUCAUCCUUCUUGUGUGGCUGGUGAAAAUCAGCUCCCUUGUCUGUUCAUCCCAAGACAAUUUGCUCCCACCAAAUUGUACAUACACAGCACAGUAAAAGAUUCAGUUCCAUUUCUGCAUCCCGGAGCACAUUUUCAUUAGAUGGGUAACCAAAGCUCACUAGAAAUUCAUUUUGUAAUUCUUUUAUGCUUCUGUGUGGUUUUAAUGAACAAAGAUGUGAUGGAGAGCUACGCUGAAUUACAUUUCAGGGCAUGUUUUUCAGAGUGAAAUUAUUUCUGAAGUUGUAGUACUUGUAGAUUUACCCAGGGAUAUGGAAUAUCAUAUCCAAACUUUUCUACAGGUGCUUACCAACUAGGCGUUUUGAAAAAGAAAAGAAGAGUUUCUUCUGGGUAAAUUGCUGAGAAUGAAAGUAAAGAAAUGGGUUAGAUAUGAAAGGUGGUGAAGGGGCAGAAGUGGGAAUGUGAGAGAAGGCUGUUACAGUCAUGUGACCUGCUGUUUCUUUCCAUAGUACUUACUACUGGAAGGUGCAAAUUCUAAAUAAUGAAAAAGGACAGAGUUGUGAAUGGAGUGAACAUCAGUACUUCCACCCCCAAUACACACACACACACACACACACACACACACACACACACACACACACACACACACACACACACACACUCACCAGCCUUUGAGGAGUUAGUAAUAUACGUAACAUUUUUAUCUUGGAAAUAUUGAAAACAUCUUUCUUGAUGAAAUACUAAACAGUUAUUCCGUCCUGAAGCUUGAAUUUCUGGAUUAUAAAACUUGAAUAUUACUUUUUUCAAACAAACUACAGAAAAGUAUUAAAAUGGCUUUCCUUCAGAGAAAACAAAACGGUACCUUUCAUUUUACUAAAAUGUUGCUGCUGUAGAGUGUUCUAUUUAGCCAUAUCACGUCAUGUGAUAUAAAUUAAAUAGAAUAACUGAAAUGGAAGUCUCACCAAUUGUGUACAUAGAUAGUAAAGACUAUAAAGUAGGCCACUUAUCUUUUAAAAAAACAAACCAUCUUACUUAAAAUGUACAAUCACAGUUGUACACUUACUUUAUGCACCAUGGCAUGUCUUACCUCCAGUGGUGUGCUACAUUUCCUUCCAGUUCAUGCCUGUUUUCAGGCAUGAUGUUUAAAAUAAAAUCCUCCUUAAACUACUACUUAGUCAAUGACAUCAACGGAAAGUUCAUCAAAGUUUGUUCUCAGUGAUGUCAGUGGAGGAAGUGUUGUAGGUACAUCGAUCGACUUUACUAGGUUUAUCACUGUACAUUGAGUGGAAGCCCCAUCCAUUAAAGUUUAGGGAUGAACCCCCAUACUACCCUUUAGAUUAUCAGUCACAGAUUCAGAUACUUAAUAACAUUUUUACAAAAUGUUUUAUUAAGAAACAGACCACAUAAUUUAGUCAUACGGGGUAGAAAAUACAAAAUAGCAACAAACCGUUGUGAUGUAUUUUAAAACUGAGAGUGUACACUUUAAAUACAUUUAACCUAUUUCCAGUAGUAUAGUAUACUAAAUUUCUUUUAGAUAUUAAAAGGGACACAGCAAAUAAUAACUGCAGGUGUUAUCAUAAAAAUAACUCCAUACAUUCAAAAUAACAAUACCUGAAGUUCAGAAACAUACUGCUGUGUAACUGUUAGAAAUACUUAAAAUACUUUUGAAUAUUUCUGAAGCAAUGUAAGAUUUACUUUGUGCAUAAAUGUUUUAUAUAACCAUUUAGUCAAAUGAAACACAAAAAUAACUAAAGUAUGAAAAACUGAACUAACAUAAAAUGCACACCUACUCCCAUAAUAAGUGAUACUACUUCAUAAAGUUCAAACUUGAUUUUGUGGGGAAGAGUCAUGUAUUAUUUCAGUUUCUGAGCAGUACAACUUCAAAUGCACUAUAUUUGGUAAGCAUGGUUGUGAGUGGCACAUCCACAUAGACAGGUACACAGCCCCACAGCUCGGGAGUGGGUGCAAGUCUGCAUAGCUCCCAACAGAAAGCAAAUAUAAACAUAUCACUUCUAUAUUAACUUUCAGUUGUAUUUCUUGGAUUUAAGAUGCCAAGAUUUUUUUUUUAUUUUUCUGUCUGGUUAAGUCAGAUUCAGAGUUACUAAAGCUGUGAGAUUCCCUGUGUGUGUGUGUGUGUGUGUGUGUGUGUGUGUGUGUGUGUGUGUGUGUGUGUGUGUGUGUGUGUGUGUGUGUGUGUGUGUGUCUAUAUGCUUACUGUCACAAGACAAAAUGCUGAAGACCACAAUGUCUCAAAUCUUGAAUACUGACACUCCCUAGCAGUAUGAAUCUAGUAAGAAGUGCUAACAUUAGUUCUGCAGUGUGUGUACCUUUCUCCUAUAGUCAUGCUGAAUAAUUCAGUAGUGGUUGCCUUUUGCUUGGUGUUUUGUGCGGAGUUUGGUUGGGUUGAAUGUAAGAUGCUUUGUUUUUUAGAUUUAAUAGGUUUUACUACCUGGGAUGACUGUGGUCUGUGUGAAUCUCAGUAAAUGAGGAUGUUGUCUGUGCAUAUUGUGAAUGAUCACUUGUAACAUUCUAGCAGUGAUAGAGGUUUCAAAGUGCUUAUUCUGCUUUAGAAGGAUUCCUAUCAGAAAUGCAAAAUCCACCAGUAGAAAUUGUGACACUUUCAAAAGUGAUUCAAACAGUGAAUUGUGAAACUCACUAUUAUACCUAUGAAGCUUCCUUCACAGGGAGGCUUCAACGCACAUUGCUCCAUCACUACGGUUCUUCACAGAAGGGGGAAUAUUCUUGAGAUGCUACAAACUCAGUCAAUUUUCCCUUGUUCACCACUGGACUUCCACAGUCCUAAGGAUCAUAAUUAUGGUCCUCACAUUUUCAACAGACAAUCACUUUAGAAUAGGAAGAGAAAACCCACCUGCUUUAGUACUACUGGAGAAAAAAAUCUGUAUAUAUACAAAGUAAAGUAUGUGGAGAUGAUCACACUGUCAAAAUUAGGGCAGGACAUUCUCCACAGAAGAUAUACUUGCAGGCUGAAUAAAUCCCUGUAUCACAAGGUAAAUUAAUGUAAAGCUCGAAAGAAAAGUUAAUCUGUGAAAGAUUUAAAUGCUGGAAAGUACUACAGCCAGCUAACUGCUCACUAACUGCAUAUAAAAAUCCACCAGUCAUUAAUGAACUGCAUUGAAAAGUGAUGAUAUGUCCAUCAUGGGUUGAAGUUACAGGCCCGUACUGAAAUACAUUCGGUACUUUGCAAUGUGGAGAGCUUCAUGUGCUCCUGAGAUAGGGGAGAGCUUCAGGGCUUAGGACUGUUGGUUACAUUUUGAAAUACUGUAGCCAUACUGUAAUUAUUGUGUAAUUACACUUUAACUGUAACACAUACUUCAUGCUGUGACAUCUCAAAUGUAUCUCUGUAAUAUGCAGUUAAUAAUUACUAAACUUGCAGUUGCAAUGAUGAAAGCACUUACAGUCAGAGCAAUCAGUUAUAUGUUUUACAGAUAUAUAUUUAUUUUUUCAUGUGCAAAAAAAAAAAUGACAAACAAAAAGCUGACAUCCUAUUCCUUAGUAUAUCAAAUAUUUCUUAGAAUGCAUAGAAUGGAAUAGAAUCGGAUUUGUCUAUUUUUACAUUUACUUUCUGAUUCAGGGAAAUCUCUGCUUCUAAAGUCAACAAAAAAAAAAACUCUGUUACAAAUUCAGAAUUUAGAAUCUUUGAAUAGUGUCAAGAUGUGUUUAAGACCCAGACCCUAAUUUAGAAAUUCCUGAAUAAGUCCUACCUUCCCAAAUUCAAAACCUAGAUGUUAAUUGGCCAGAUGUUGGCAUUGUGGGUGCCCCACCAUUCAAAAAUGGACCUACUUAUGGCACUGAGAUAAGAAGGACUGGAUAUACCCUAAUAUAUGAUAUCACAGUACUCGGUAUUAUGACAGUAGUCUUUGUGUGAGUGCACUGUGAGAGGGUAUUUAGUACUUUAUGUGGCAGUGAUUUAUUUUGUUUUGUGGGCUGGGCAAACAUGGUUUCCUUGUCUGUUUCACAAUAUCUGCUUCCCCUGUUCUGAGAGCAGUAAUCCAAUGGCUUAUUUGCAUUUUAAUUAUUUAAUUAUGUGGGCAAUAAUAAACAAUGUGUAUUUAUUAUUUUCCCUGGAAAAGGCACUGUGCUGACUGAUUAAUUAUCCACGUAGGAAGAAUCUAGUUUCAUUGUUUGUUCUCUUUUUAUACUGUAUGUAUAUAGUAUUUAUUUAAAGAUUUAUAUAAAACAGAGUAUAUAUAAUAAAUAUAUUGUGCUGAUAAUUUGCUAUACAUUUUCUUAGAAACUGUAAAUUAUUUAUUUUUUACUAUUGCUGAUAUUUUUCUAAACUUCUCUAAUUUUAGCAAAGCAGGGAAUAAGAAAACAUGAAGGGCAUGACUGUGAUUUGAUGGCCACAGAAAGUGGUUUCCCAUGUGCAGCAAAGUGCCACAGACCACUCUUCUGCUACUGCCACGGCCACUGUGGUGCUCACACUGUCAGAAUGUCACUAACGCUGCAGAUGUUGCCUUUAAUGUCUGUGUCCUAUUUGUUCUUUUCUGUUUCCAGUAGUUAGUUAAUAUCAUUGUAUUUUUAUUUGUCAUUCAAUACAUUUGCAAGUGCUUCUGAUUUGGAAGGAGUUGAAGACAAUAAUAGAACUGAUUCAUGGUUUAUGCCUAUGCUACAUUUGUACACAUUUUCUGCAUUGUAACAAUACUUACUGGACCAUUAGUACCAGAUCAAAAGCUACUGAUAUUGUCACUUUUGGUUCAAAUGCAUGAAAGUAGGUCUGGGUUAUCAGGGGCCAGUAAUGGGGUGCCUUUAUCUCCUAAAGUGUGGUGGCAGCUUUGCCCCUAAAUAUGUCAAAAGAUAAAUUAACUUUUUGGGGGGCCAUUGUGUUUCGGCAGGAUUGUGAAAGGUAUCCAGUGUACUGUGCAUGUCCUUAAAAUAUCAGCACAAACAGAAUCUACAUGUACUACAGGGGUUAGGUCAAAGAGAGGCGGACAGUUACUGCUAUUUGGCAGCCUUGUGCCAGUAACAUGUAAUACCUGCAGUCAUUUCUUGUUCAGUAGGUUAAGCUCAGUUCUGCAUUGCCUUCACUCUGCACAUGUCUUCUCCCUCCUUCAUGUUGUUGUGUCUUUUGGCUUUUCCCGGUUAGGGGUCGCCACAGCGGAACUCAGGUCCGCUAAUGAUUGGCAGUAGAUUUUUACGUGCCGAGUUGCCAGCCCUGAUGCACAACCUUCAACGAAGGUACGCCCAUUCACGCAUGUCUCCACACAGAAGACGCUCUAGCUGAGAAUCGAACAGGGUGUCUUACUGUGAGGCGACAACAAAUGCAGUGGAGUCUUGAGAUAGUUUAUAGAUGUCCCACAAAAGAGACAUGGUGGCUAAAUUAGGAAGGAGCCAUUCACAAAUUGAAGAACAAAAUGCAACAGAAUAUGUAAUCCACUUAAGUGGAUCAUAACGAAACUGCAAAUAUGCUGCUUAUUGUAUUGGAAAAUUAUUUGCACUGUAUUUUAGAUAUGAGUGUAAUAUUUCCAAUGUAAUAUGACGCUAUAUUUCAUUAAUUAGUCAUUUUAAUUUUCUACAACAAUUUAUGCUGGUUUUAUCUUACAAGUAAUGGAAGGUACAAAUUUAAUUUCAUAAUGACAGUAUGCAGGAAUACAGUUUUAGCACAACAUAACGUGAUCAUUUAAUUGGCUGAGAACCACAGCUACAUUCUGAGUUAUAUCUCUACAGAUGACCAUUUCAGACUCAUUGCCCUCUCACAAAAACCUAGUGGGAGUAAUUUUAUAAGUGUAACAAAUCACUUCAGGGUUUGAAUUAUAAGAUUUCAAUGUUUGCAUCUACUGGAAUCUUGCCUUAGUACAUUCCUCAAAUGUACUUUAAAAUUUCUUGUCUAAUAUUUUGUUGGUUAUUCUAUAAAUACUUUAUGUAUUGAUGCAGUUGGUCUGUAAGCUGGAAGUUAGACAGCUACUUUUUCAGCAGAUUCAAAAACUAUUUUAUAGUAGAUUACUACUUGACCAGUAAAUUUCAAACUGUAGAUGUCAAAUUGGUAUAAGUAAUGACCAUUUUCAGCCUCAGUGAUUGAUGCACAUUUUAAUUCUAACAAUCAGCGUUACAACAGUUGUAGAUGUGAAUGAAUUAUAGAAGUUGACAUGAAAAUCCCAAUGCACAGGUAUAUCAGAUAGGAAAGGCUCAGUGAAAAAAAAAACACAUCCAAGUAAAUAGAUAACGUGACAGUUUUGAUGGUAAUUUUACAUUAUAAAGUAACUAUUAAAAUGCAUGAACUGCAAUUUUACUUUUUUCUGGGCUGAGCAAUCCUGUACCCCGUGUAGAGAGCUGUCUCUCCUAAUUCUCCCUAAUAUUCCUCCUCAGAAACUGAAAAUCUUUAAGGAAUGCCAAGUUUUACAGGAAAGCCAUGUUCUAUCAUUUCCACAAGUUCUGUAGCCUUGCAUUUAGUAUAUUUUAACAUUGGGUACACCCCAAAAGGUGGAGUGAAGGGAGAGUCGCAUCUUUACAGAAAUAAAAUUUCCAUAUUAUUGAAGUAAAAUUCUUAUUCAGUCUCCGCUUAGAUUCAGAAAUAGUACCUACCAGUAUCUAAAAAGCUGAAUGUUUCCCACAAUACCUUACACCAUUCACCACUCAUUGUUACAACUACUUUAACAUCAUAAACAUAACUAUUUAAGAAGGAAAUACUCACUGACGAAUUCUGCCUUGACUUAAAAGCUGUACACUGAAAAUAAUGGGAGCUCAUAAUAUUGUAUUUUGAAUUUCAGAUGUUUUUUCCAAAAUUGUGAGUACCAGAAUUUUGUGUGUCAUGCUUCUUUUGCAUACCUUUUGCUGGUAGAGGAAUUACUUAGUGUCUGUUAACUGGUAAGGAGCCAUUAGAUUUAACUGCCUGUUUUCAGAAGGGGCCUAUUUCUAGUCUGUUUAAACUGCUAGCUCCGUAACAUAUUCACUAUGUAAGCAGAGAGCAUAAGAAUCAAACCUGGGUGGAUAGAAUGCAGCCUAUUUAUCCUGUGUUAAUUUAACCCAGAGCAGGUGAAAAACAAACAGAACCUGUGCAACCUUGAUGCAUUCAAACUGUGGCAUACUCUCAGGGGUCAUUGUUAUAAUGUGUUGAGCAAGCUUAUGAGAAAUCUGUCCAUUUCUACAAACAUUACUAAUAAAUUUGCCUCUUACAUAUUAAAAUGUAUAACAUGUAGAUGAAAGGAACAUACAGGCUGACUGAAAAUGCUGUAUUUGUGUAUACGCAUGGUCAUAAACCUUGGUCUUAAAUGAUGCUUCCAAUCUAUUAAAUUAAAGCGCCUACUACUUGCUAAAGGGGCACUGGAUACAGAACUGCAACAAAGCAGCACCUGAACAAGAAUCUGUUACUUGUACCAGAACAAGACCCUAUAUCUUCUAUGGCUCUGGGUUCUACACAGACUGUAUUGAUCCAUUCAAACAGACACCAUUCAGAGAGAAAACUAAAACAUAAAGACUGGAAACCCAUUAGGUCCAAAAGCUAAAGGUGGCAGUCAUUCCUAUUGGAAAGAUAUUUUAUUUUGAUUUUUUCCUCCAUAGUGAAAAAUAAAUAAAUAAACUAAAGUGGCCAGGAAAGAAAUUAAAUCCACCAUUCUUGUAACUUUAAUAAAACUUGUGGGCAGGAAAGCACUUGUUACUUUUCCUGGUAUAACAUAUCACCAGUGUGUCAUACAUUCAGGGAAAAGUGUCUGCUGCAUGCUUGUUUAUGUAUGUCAUGAACAUUUCCAUUUGAAUCACUUUCUUGUUUUAUUUCUGAGCUGGAGAUUUAGUUGGAACGUUUUAGGUUCUUCCCUACCUCACCUCUUCCCAAGAUGUGCAGUCAGCUGUCUGCCUGUUUCAGGCUGUGGGUAUAUCUUUAUGUACUUGUUCUGCAUGUCGAAUGGUUGUAAAUCUGUCUUGGUUCUCUGCAUUUUCCAAUAAAAAAAAUAUUACUUGAUUAAAAAGUA